AUGACUACUACGAAGAAGUGGGCGGAUGGGCCCUUUGAGCUCAUCUCGAGCUCUCGUCUGGGAUACAAGCCCGGCGAGAAGGUCAAGCCAGUCCACACGAUAGCUGAGGAGAUGAUCAUCGUGCACAACCUGCUGCUGCGCGGCAUCAACUCGAUCUACCUGCAGUGCAUCAACGUGGAGAGGGAUCCCGCCGUCGUGCCGGACUUUGUGAGCUACGCCGAGACCUGGGGCAAGACGGUCCACGAACACCACGACGCGGAGGAGACGCUGGUCUUUCCGGAGAUGGAGGAGCUGGCCGGCGAGCCGGGCCUGAUGGAGGCCAACGUCGCGCAGCACAAGGCCUUCCACGACGGCGUCGGCACGUAUCAGGCGUAUCUCGCGGACGUGGGCGCGGGCAAGGAGAAGUACGACGGGCAGAGGCUGAAGGCGAUCAUCGAUUCGUUCAUGCCGGUCCUGCGGCAGCAUCUGAGCGACGAGAUUGACUCCCUCAUGGCCCUGGAGAAGUACGAGGAGAAGACGCAGUGGGACAAGUGGUUCAAGGGCGUCAUGGACAAGGUCCUGAAGAAGGCUGACGGCGCUGAGAUGAAGUUCACCAGUGGCCCUUUCGCCUUCCAGUGCCAUGACAAGUCGUUCGAGGAUGGGCGAUUCGCAUACUGGCCCCCUCUGCCGUGGUUUGUGAUGCUCCUGCUCCGGUGGUUUGCUGUGCCCAAGCAUAAGACCUGGUGGCAGUUCUCUCCCUGCGACACGUACGGCAAACGGCGCGAGCUGCCUUACGCUGACGAGAAGAACUAA